AUGGACACAUCAUCAAAUCCCACUCCUCAACCCCCAAUCCAAAGCGUCAUUCCCUCUCAACCUCAACCCAAUCCUAAGGGGGACAUCAAUGCCAUCACCCUGAGAUCUGGAACACAAUUAAAAGAGAAUGGAGCAAAGGAUUCAAAUCCCAUCACAAUCACUCAAGAGGAGGAGAGAAUAGAUAUAGAAGAGGUAGUGGAAAAGGAGACACCACAAGUCAUAGUUGAGGAUGAAACUCAACCAACAAAAGAGACCCCCAAGACUAAGAGAACCUUGGAAGAAGAAAUUGCUCAACCACUCCCAUUUCCAACACUUGCAAAGAAAGCUAGGAAGCGCAUAGAACUCGACCCCAAAAUGGAUAGAAUUCUUGAAUUGGAAACCAUCCCAUUGGGGAGUUCUAUUUCCGCUUUAAUGGGAGCAUUGCCCGAGAAGUGUGAUGAUCCAGGCCCUUGUAUGGUCACUUGCACCGUCAAUGGAGUUCAAUUCGUAGAUUGUAUGUGUGACCUCGGAGCAUGUGUUAGCAUCAUGCCUCUCUCCGUCUACCGAGUAUUGAAGUUACCACCACUAAAAAGGUCGACGGCGAGAUUUGUCCUAGCGGAUAAAAGCAUAAUAACCGUGAUGGGUGUUGUGGAAGAUGUAUUGGUGAACAUCAAAGGGUUGGUAUUUCCGAUUGACUUCUAUGUCCUUGAAAUGCCAUCAAGUGAAACCGAGAGAGCAUCAUCCAUCCUACUUGGAAGACCAUUUUUGAGAACUUCUAGAUUUAAGCUAGAUGCUUACUCGGGAACAUACUCAUUUGAGAUAGAUGGGAGAGAAUGCAAUAUGAGUUUGGGUGGAGCCAGAAUAGAGAGAAAGCUUCAAUUGGCGGAAUUGGAGUGCUUGAGAUUAGAAGCCUAUGACAAUUCUAGACUCUACAAGAAACAGAUGAAAGCCAUUCAUGACAAGAACAUUAGGAGAAAGGAAUUUAGACCCGGUGAUCUAGUGCUCCUUUACAACUCAAGGUUGAGAUUACUACCCGGAAAGCUUAGAUCAAGAUGGGAUGGACCUUACCAAGUAGAGAAAGUAGAACCUUACGGGGUCUAUCACUUGCGCCAUCCAUCAAGUCCGGACAUUUUCAAGGUAAAUGGGCACCGUCUCAAAUUGUACCAUGGUGAGCAAAGAAAGAACUCCAAGAAAUUUGAAGUGUUCCUCUUGAGGGAUGCAUCUCUUGAACAAGAGCUUUGA